GUAUGUGUGUGGCCGAUCUGAAUGAGGUAACCGACAGCUGUUUCGAAAUUCGACGAGCGUUUCAUCGUCGAAGUAGCCACGUUUUGGCACACUCGCAACGCAUUGGCCGUCGUACCGUCGCUCUUGGGGCUUAAAGUAGUUUGCAUUUCUCAACUAACCCGUCGCCAUGUUCGCCAACCAGCUAGAAACCACAAUGUCAGCCAUGGAACCAUCGGAACCCGUCACAACUCCAUUGCACCUUGCGAUGCGUCAAUUCGACCUAGCGCGCGACGCCGCCGCCAAGGCGAUGGACACAAUGGCAUCUACCGUCGUCGAGUUGGCAUCUUUAACGUCUCCUGCGGCUGUCACUAACGAAACCUUGCCAUCGACGCACUCUCAGGAUACAAAUGACGUCGACGCGGCGGGUGAAGCAACGACAGAGGCGGCAAACAAGGCGAAAGUUUUGGACGAGUUUGUGGCGUACCUGACCACCGUCCUAGAGAUCAAAAACCCCACGAGACUCGCAUCGCUGGCUCAAGCGUUUGUGUGGAACCGGGACGACGCGUUGGUGGACGAUUUUGUAGCCGAAGGGUUCAACAUCGUCCUGUACGCCAAACGUGCGAACUCCCCGCCAGUGGUAUGCUCGCCACUUGUGGCGAAGAAGCCCGUGUUGCCUCCUACGAACGACACGGUGACGUUCAACGAUAAACUACGACAGCGGUCGGGGUCGAUCAACGAUCUCACUGUGCGGCAGAUUCGGAUCCUGCAAGGAGAGCUGGAGAAAGAAGCCAAAGCCCGAGAAGAGUCACCGGUGACGCACCUUCGACGUACGACGGUGACGCCCAGCCCCAGUCACUUGUCCUUGGAAUUGCUCGAUAAAGACUUGGCCCUUUACUCGCUCGAAGGCAACCACGAUGACGACGAGGCAGGCCCGAGCAAGAAGAGAAGGGUCACACCCGAGCCCGAUAAUACAUUCGUUGAACAAUACUAGUAUGUACGAGUCGUGCCCAUGUUGCUAGCAGACAUCUAUGGGUGAUUCAUGAGUCCCGAAAAUUACUUGCUAACAGUGUAAAUCGAUCUAAACGAAUUCAACGUUUGCAGAAGUUUUCUAA